CAUCUGCGGACGCACAACCCGAAACCGAAAAGCAGGCGGCGUCGCGCGUCAAGUGGAGCCUCUGCUUCUGGUUUCAUGGUCCUCGGGGCACUUCUAACCAAGGGUCAUGCAUCCGUGGCGUUGGAUGGUUUCCAGAAUCAGGGGCGCUACUUAGCGGACUCCAUUCCAGGGGUCUUGCACAGACCGAUAAACCUGUGGCGGUUGUUGCACGAGUUCCCGCGGUACUGCGUGGCCGUGUACGACGUCGAGCGGGACGACUUCGAGCACAUCUGUCCGAGGGAGAGCGCGCCCCUAUUGCGGGUCGUCAGGAAGCUGGUCACGGCCACGGGCGCAGUCCUCGGUCGAGUGACCACGCCAUCACCGCUCGGACCCUGGCCCUCCUCAAUGCGCAUAAAGAGUCAGGCGUGGGGACCUGAGCGAUGUGUCGGCGGGUGUAGUGGCGUGGAGGAUAGCGGUGGCGGGGGCGGCAGCCCGAAUACACCGCGAAGAUGAAAGAAAGGCGAACUUUGAUUCGACGUCGACAGGGGCCUCGAGCUUCAGGAACUGCGCCCUUAACAGCGACAAUAAAAGAACUUAGC